GUUUCCGGUGGCGGCGCGGCUUCCGGUUACGGAGUUCACGGGGCGUGUAGCGUAUUGAAAUCCCCAAGUCCAUUGCAGGAAGGAAGAACUGCCAGCAAAAACUCCUCAGCGAGUUGUACUGCCUCAGGCAAAGGAAGUGAUCAAAGAAGAGGAAGGGAUGUCAGAGCUGAGCGAUGAAGCCAGUGAGUCGGAGCUGCUGAGCCGCAGCCUUUCCAUGUGGCAUGGCGUUGGCCAGAUGAUCUGUCGGGAAGAGCUGGAUGUUCCUCUGGACUUGCACACGGCCUCCUCUGUCGGGCAAUAUGAAGUGGUGCAGGAGUGCAUUCAGCGAGGAGAUCUGGAUUUAAACAAGAGGAAUUGUGGUGGCUGGACUCCACUGAUGUAUGCCUCCUACAUUGGCCAUGACACCAUUGUCCACCUGCUGCUGGAAGCAGGAGUGAACGUGAACAUCCCGACACCAGAGGGGCAGACGCCGCUCAUGCUGGCCUCCAGUUGUGGAAAUGAAAGUGUUGCUUACUUUCUUCUACAGCAAGGCGCAGAGCUGGAGAUGAAGGACAUCCAUGGCUGGACUGCCUUGUUUCACUGCACCAGCGCUGGACAUCAGCAGAUGGUCAAGUUCUUGCUGGACAACGGGGCAAACGCCAAUUGCAAGGAGCCUGUGUAUGGAUAUACGCCUCUGAUGGAAGCGGCUGCUUCUGGCCAUGAGAUAAUUGUUCAGUACCUUCUCAAUCAUGGAGUGAAGGCAGAUGUCAGAGAUAACACUGGAGCGACAGCACGGACACUGGCCAUGAAGUACGGGCAUACAAAGAUUGUGGGGCUGAUAGAUUUGCAUGCAGCGCCAGUGCCCAAGGUCUUCUGCAGGGGUCCAGGAAAAUAUGAAGAGCUGAGUUCCUCAGAUGAAUCAUGUUCCGCUCCCCAGAGACAGAGACCCGUGCGUAGGACCAAGGGUCCCAGCAUCCAUGAUGGGCCCCAGGCUUUGGCAAAGAUAACAGCAGUUGGAAUCGGGGGAAAGAAGCAGUCUCGCUACGAGCAGGUCCCUCCUCAGGGCUAUGUUACCUUUAAAGACGAUGGCAGCUGCGAAGCGGGUGAUAUCCGGAACCGGGAUGUUACCUCUCCAAUUAACGAGCAGGAUGUGGAGAGCAGCAGCAGCAGGGAGGAUAACAUUUGCUUCAUCAACAACUUGGCAACCAUCAGGAGCAGCAGCAGCAGCAGUGAAUGCUUGACAAAAGCCCUGGGAGUCAGCAGUGAAGGCUCCUUGGAAAGCAAUGAGGAUUCUGACCAUGCAAACAGCCCUCCGAGUCGGAAACAUGCCAAGAGCUUUAAGAUCAAGAACCGCUACAGCAACAGUGACAGCCAGUGGAGCCACUGCCCAGGGAAAGCUGGGGGCUCUGCUCAGCCCCUCAUCCUUCCCGAGCCCCCUGCCUACACAGGGCCACAGGAUCUGGCAACGUUCCUUGAGCAGAUUGGGUGCCUGAAGUAUUUGCAAGUGUUUGAGGAGCAAGAUGUGGACCUCCGGAUCUUCCUGACCCUCACAGAGAGUGAUCUGAAGGAAAUAGGCAUCACUCUGUUUGGACCCAAGAGGAAGAUGACUUCUGCCAUUGCCCGAUGGCACAGCAACGCUCGGCCGCCCAGUGAUGCCCUGGAGCUGGCCUACGCGGAUCGGCUGGAGGCUGAGAUGCAGGAACUGGCCAUUCAGCUGCACAAGAGGUGUGAAGAGGUGGAGGUGAUGAAGGGCCAAGUUUGCCAGGAGAAGAAGCUACGUGCAGUUGCUGAGAGCUGUUUGAUGGAGCGGGAUGAGACCUGGAAUGCCAUCCAACGCCAGCUCAGAGAGGCGCAGGCCAUCACCAAGGAUGCUGGAGUCCUGCUGGAUCAGAUCAAAUCCUGUCAAGCAGAGCUGUCCUCCCGGCUAACCCAAGAGCAGGCAGUCAGCAGAGUGCCAGACACAAAGAUGCAGCUGGGAACCGCUGAGAGCAGUCGGCCUGGUGAGCGUCCAGUGCUUGAAGGAUGGCCACCUUCCUUGAAGUCUCUGAGCUUGCCUGAGCUGUCAGCUGUCCUGGAGGAAUGUGUGGGAGAAAUGGGAAAAGCUCUGCAGACUGUGACUCAAAGCCUCCAAAGGCUCCAAGGCCCAGGGCAGAGCUGGCUUGAGCCGUAACAAAGUAGGAGGGAAUACUGACGUCGGGUGACUGUUCCACCCGGAAGCUGAGUGUGCCUGGGAGAAUGAGCGCAAGGGCCAUGCUGGCAGCACCCAGCUCUGCUAAGAGAGCCACAGCAGCUGGCAGACGUGCGGAAGAAGGUCUCAGAUAUCAGAGAACGUGCCUGGGAGAACGAGGGACAGCGGAAGAGAACAUGGCAGCACUUUGGGCCCAACUGUUUUCAGGGUUCUCAGCAUCGUUGUUGUUCAUACCAGAAGAUUUGGUUAAGAGGAGAAGCACUGAGCCCCGAAGGUUUAUCUGACUUAAGUUUCCUGCAGCCCUUGUCGUUUGGGGCUGUGUGGUGUUAGAAUGGUGACAGUUACUCACAGCAAUUAAUUAUCCUUUUCCAUGUCCUGUCCUCCCCAAGGUCUCUGACGCUUGCCCUGGCCCCUUAUGUGCUGUGUGGAUAGGUGAUUGCUUAGAAGCUGGCCCAGAAAAUGUAUCUGGGGCAGUAAAGAAAGAAGAUUUCUUGUGGAUGGGUCGAGUGAGUAGUUUGGAAUGUUUGGCUCAUUAAGCUGCAGCAAAGUUUGUGCAGCCCUAGUCUCUAGCAGGAACAUUUGCCCUGCUGCCAUCCCAGAUCUGUGCUACAAAACCUCUCCCUCCCACCAGCCCACCCUGGUUCAGUUCAAACUCUUUCCCUCCCUCAGGGAUUGUUUUUGAUUGUGUUAUUCAGUCCCAAAGAACCCAUUUUUGUGGUAAAUGCUUUAUGGUAGGGACUCAGUCUGGUUUGUCAGUGCUGAGAUCCAAACACUGACAGUGGUUGCGAGGCAGAUGUUGCCCUGGAAGGACAUGAGAGAAGAAAGAGCUCAAAACUCUUCUGCUUCCUGUGCCUCUGGCAGGCAGCAGAGUGCCAGGGCAGGCAGAACAUGAACUGAGGGAUAGAUCAGUCCCAUGUGGGAGACAGCAAAAACCAAUCGUGUCCCAGAUGUAGCUGUGGUGCAAAGCUUUGGUCCUCAACCACUGACUGCCUUUGUUUUUCUGGGCAUUAGUGCUUGGAAAUAAUUCUGCUGAGGCAUUCCUGUGUUGGUGGUGUGUGUGUUUGCAUGGGGCAGACAAAGUGUUUGGGAAGAGGCUCCUUCCUGGCACUUGGAGCUGGGCGAGCAGCCACAAGAGCUCUGGUGACAGUUGUGUUGAUGUAAAAUGGUUCCAAGUGACUCUGAUCCUAUGUUGCUGAGCCCUCUGGGGAAAAAAGAAAAGCAAACAAAACCUGAAGUCUGUGAAUGAUGGCCUUGGUGAGUCUGGAAAAGUUGUCUUCCCUUUGCUGGGAAGGGAAAGAAACUGUGUCUUCUAAUUUUAAUUUUUUUGGACCUAGAUCACUGUUGCCAAAAUAAAAAACUCCAUUCCAGCCUCAUCCUUUGAGCUGUUCCCCCCUCCUGAUCGGCUGCCUGGGACCGCUCGGGCAGGCUUGAAGGCUGGGCUGCAUCUGGUACAGGUGGUGUGUUGUUUGUCCCCCUGAGCUGGUACAUCUGUGCUUCUGGGGGACAGGCCUGGGGCUCCGAGGCAGAUCCAGAUGUGAACCUGCGCCGCUCGGAUGCGCUUGGCAGCGAGCUCAGCUGCCAGAUGCUGCUUUCUACUUGUUAAACCUAACAAGGCACUGCUUGUCCGUCUUCAGCAGAUGACAAGGAUGUGUGCAGUGGGCCCCUGGUGCCAGUGGGACAAAGCUGUGGGAGAUUUCACCCUGAAGAAUUGGUUUUGAUGAGGUGGAGCCCGUUCUCCUAGGGCAGCGUCACCAAAAGCUGCUCAGAUAUCAAGGCUGUGCUGGAAAGAGUAUUUUGGGCUCUGUCCUUCCUUCCCUGUUGCUGUGCUGCCCUCUCCCACGCCUUGGUGGUAUCGCUGGCUCCACUAGGACAGGGCUGUCAGUGGCAGCCCAGUCUUGAGUUUGAGGCAAGAUGCAUGUGAGGGAAAGGGAAGAGUUUUCAUAGAAGCAGAAAAAAAAACCCCAAAACCCAGAUGAAGGGGCUUGGAGCAUCUCGAGAGCAAGGGAAGCAAGUCAGUGCCUUGAACUUGGGUGGCUGAUAGGAGAGACUGCACUGACUUGGGACUGGCCUUGUGAGGUGAUGGGGUAAAAGAAAGGA